CUGAAAAAGGUAACAAGAGUUUGUUUUGUUUUUGUUUUUUGGUUUUUUUCCAGCUGAAGGAGAUCAUGAUAAAUGCAACACAGGUUUCAUAUUUCAUUCUGAGCGCUUACAUCGAUGCCAAGCUGUUGAAAUACUUAAUCUUUGUGUUGCUUUUUGUUGUGUACGUUCUAAUCGUUGGUUGUAACGUUCUGCUCAUCGUGGUCAUCUGUGUGAACAGGACUCUACAUGAACCCAUGUACAUGUUUCUGUGCAGCCUGUUUGUGAAUGAGCUGUAUGGAAGUACAGGCUUGUUUCCCUUCCUGCUGAUUCAGCUUCUCUCUGAUGUUCACAUCAUUUCUGCUCCUCUCUGUUUCCUGCAGGUUUACUGUGUUCACACUUACUUAACUGUAGAGUUUUUUAACUUAGCCGUCAUGUCUUACGACAGAUAUCUAGCCAUCUGUUAUCCUCUGCAGUAUAACACACUGAUGACGACGAAGAAAGUUGGAGCUCUGAUUGCAGCAGCGUGGCUAGCUGCCUUCCUUGGCAUUGCUUCUGUAACAUCUCUGAGUUUCUCCUUGCAGCUGUGUGGAAACAUCAUAAACAAAGUCUUCUGCAACAACUACUCUAUAGUUACACUGGCCUGCUCCGACACUACGGUUAAUAAUGUUUAUGGACUAAUUUGCACGUCUGUGAGCGCCCUGCUCCCUGUGGUUCUGAUCAUCUACACCUACAUGAGGAUCCUUAAAGUGUGUUUUUCUGGAUCCAAACAGACCCGACAGAAAGCCGUCAGCACCUGCACGCCUCACCUGGCCUCUCUGCUCAACUACACCUUUGGUUCUUGUUUUGAUGUAUUACAGAGCAGGUUUAACAUGUCAAGUGUUCCUAACAUUGUAAGAAUAUUUUUGUCUUUGUACUUUCUGACAUGUCAGCCUCUUUUUAACCCUUUGAUGUACGGCCUGAACCUGUCUAAAAUACGCAGCCUGUGGAAAAAUCUGUUCUCUAUGAAACUGCGAUGA